AUGCCACAGGGCAGGACACUUAUUGGGGCGCCGAAACAAUCCCUGGCAUUUAGCGCCAUGCUUCUUUCUGCGCUGGCGUCACAAGCAGGCGCUUCGGAGCACAUUUCACACUUGGCCCUGACAACGCUGUUUUGGCAGGUGUCUUUGCCGAAACAUAACCGGAGGGGGAUGCUGGCCCUCGUCGUGGUCUUGCAAUGCGCACAAACGGCGCUGGUUUGCGGCGCGCAUGUUGUCCUCCACCCCGGUGGAGCUGGAAAUUACGUAUUCUUCAUCUCUGCGGCUGUCGUAGGCAUCCUGUUGCCGGCCAAAUCAUUGCUGCCUGGCUUGUUCCGGGCGCGUCACGCGCCGCACGAGGUGAAGGGCGCAGCUGCUCCCGGCGCUGCCUCAAGGCGCGACGGGUCCCCGGGCGGGCCGAUAUUGCAGCCCAGCGAUGACCCACUCGCGGACGCGGGUUUCUUCGAAAGCUGCAGCACUCCCACUUUCCUUCCAGCCGCUCCGGACAGUCGUCUGCUUUCUUCUCCCAAGCCCGCAGAAUCAGGAACAAAAGCAGCAGCAGCAGCAGCAGGGGGAGGGGGAGGGGGAGGGGGAGGGGGAGGGCCCGGUCGGAGUUUACGUCUUCUCAAGCAGCCAUCCGGACUCCACAGUCCACACCGCGCCGGCAGCCCGGAGCUUCGUGACCAGGUUGGGGCGCCCGCCGCCUCCGCCAUCGCCUCCGCCGCGCGGAUAAGCACUUGGGACAAUGCGUCCAUUACUAACACCACCACCACCACCACCACCGCUACUACUUCUAUUACCACGAAUAAUAACAGCAAUAACAACAUUUGUUAUAUGAACAACAACAACAACAGCAAUGUUUCUAUGAACAGAAGUAAUCCCGGAGGGGUCUCCGGGGCUCACACGGGCCCCGCUAAUACCCACAACGAACCCCGUGCUACAGCUACAGCUACAGCCACGAUGGCCUGCCAAACAGACGAUGAGUUGUUACUGUGGCUCUUCACGGGCGGCAGCACGGCGCCCUCCGCCGCAGAUGAGGUGCGUGAUGAACCGCGCGCCAGCUACAGCGGCAUCCUCAGUCCCGAUAACCAGCAGUCGAACUCUUCGGAGCUGCUGUGGGUGAGCUCGGCAAAGGAAGGGUCGAUUGCUGGUAGCGGCGGAGGCGACGGCGGUGGCUGUAGCGGCCGUUGCGGCGGAGGCGGAGGUGGAGGCACUUGGCGGACUGGGGGUGUCGGCAAGUUCGACAGCUUCACGUCCGUAUGGUCUCGAUGUGCCGGCGGCGGCGGCGGCUGGUACGGCAUGAUGUCGUCCGGGCGUGUCUCACUCGCGGAUACGGACUUUCUAGAGGUACCGGCGUCGGCGGCGGCGGCGCUUAACACUGGGCGGCCCUUAGAGGAGAGUCGCCUGAGUAACAGCAGCCAGCACGGAGCCGCCGGCAAAGCGCCGCCGCCGCCGCCGCCGCAGCAGCAGCAGCAGCAGCAGCAGCAGCCGCCCCCCGCGGCAUGGCACGCACACGCACAUACACACAUACAGCCGCACGCGGCUGGUUCCAAGCACAGGCAGGGCAGUGGUGGUGGCAUUGCUGGCUGCACGCACGUCUGCGCUCUGGACUCAGCACCCUGGCUGCAUGGACGCAUCACCAUUACCAUCACCACCAUCACCACCAUGUGGGGGGGGGAUAACGAGCGGAACAACAACAACGACAGCAGCCGAGCGCUGAUGGGGCUGGUCACGACGGAUGGCGGCAGCGCGCCGGGGCAGCUGCCGCCACCGGAGCUGGACGCGGGGCGGCUCGCGUCGAUGCCGAUCUCCGUACCAUCUCCGUACAGUGAGGAAAGCGAUGAUGAAUCCGUACAACAGCUUCGCGCACUGCGGGCGCUCCGACGGAAUUACCCCGAGCUCGCAGCGUCCCUCGACCGGUUCGCUGCCGUACAACUACAUCGUCAUAAUAACAGCAGUAAUAACCCGGGCGACGGUCGUACGGCGAUACUGCCGCAGCCGCACUGGGCAAUAGGAGCGGCGGCGGCGGCGAACGAUGCUGAUGCGGGCGCCGCCGCCGCCGCCGCCGUGGGUGUCGGCGUGUGCGGCCGCAGCAGCAGCGGCGGCGGCGUUGCCGGGGCAGGUGUGAGUACGGCAGGGCUGGUGCAUCAGAGUGGACGGCGCCUGGUGCGCCGCACGCAGAGCUUCUCCGCCGCUGCUGCCGAAGCGGCCUGGGGUGCCGGCGGCGGUGGCGGCGGCGGCGGCCGCCCGCGGGGAUUUCCAGAGACACCGCCGCCGCCGCCGUCCUCCUCUCAGUCACCACUACUGCGAUCCGUCUUCAUGCAGCAGCAGCAGCAGCAGCAGCAAGGGCAGGAGCAGUACAACCCCCCUCAUCACCAUCGUCACGUCGAAUGCGACGACGGCGAGGACCUCCAAACGGCAGCCCAGGCCAAGGGGGAAAACGGGGUGUCGGAGGCGGCGUCGCGGCACCAACCAGUGCCGUACGAUGCCAACGAACCGGGAAUGCCGGAAGAGGCGUUAUCGUCCGUAGAGGCGGCGGCGGCGGCGGCAAAGGACGCCGCGACGCUGCCGGCGUACGUCAACAGUGACUGCCAUGUCGGCGCCGCCGGCAGCAUCGGCGUCGACGCUCAUAGCGAGUUAUCGUUUGAGCAGCACGCGUUUCUGCCGUCGGAAGCGGCAGCGGCGGCGCACGGCAACAACAGUACGACGUCCAGUCGCCGUUGGUCUUGCGCGUCGUCUUCCGUCUCGACCGCCACAACAACCGGGUCCCGGGGGGCCGAGAGGCGCUUUUCCAUCUCGGUGACGGACAUGGGGCCGUCCCAUGGGUCCGUUUCCGACGGAUGCUCCGCAGCCUCCAUGGCCGCAGCCGCAGCCGCGAGCCUGGCGGAGGCGGCGGAGUACGGCAGGCGGGCGCAUCAGGUCCAGCGGUCUCGAUCCGCUGGGGAGACGGGAUUUAGGGCUGGCGGCGGCGGCGGCGGCGGCGGCGGGGGCCGUGUUGUGGCUGGCUGCCGACUUCACUGGUCACAUCUGCCCCACCAGGAGCACCGGAGGGCGGCGCUGAUGCAGGCCUGGCAGGCGAUGAUGUCCGAGGCCGGCGUGUUCCGAUCUGCUGCUACAGCCACCACCGCAACGGCCUCAUCCCUGCCGCCGCCGCCGUCGUUGCUGUUGUACGGCACCCAGCCGCGGCGGACCCUUGACGGCGAGAGCGCAUUGCUGUACGGCGCUGACCCGCACAGUCCGCCGCCGGCGACAGACGCUGGUCCAACAGCCGCAGCGGCAGGCGCAGCAUUGGGGACGGCAGCAACGCAGCGGCGAUGCGUACGGCACCGCGCACGGCGAGCGGCUCAGAUGCAUCCGCCGGCGGCGGCGGCGGCGGCUCCUCAGAUGACCCGUUCCGUACGGCUUUGUAAGAGCCUUAGCGAGCGGUCUUUGCAGCAGCGUCUUGCCGCCAGCCCCCACUACCGGCGGUUGGCUCGCACCAAGAGUCGGUUCGCGCUGCUGCAGCAGGUGGGGGAUGCUGCGGUCGAGAAGGAUGACGCUGCGGCGGCGGCGGAUGCCGCAUUUGAUGCCGCGUUUGCGGAAGCGGUGGCUGAAGGCGCUGCCGCUGGGGGCGUUACCGGCGGUACGGCAUUCGGCAGCACCACUGGCGGCGAAGUUAUCGCCGAUGAUCUCGCAGUCGCUGACAGCCCGCCGCGCCGCCGUACAGCCUGGCGUUCAGUCUCGGAGCUGUCGUUUACCAGCGUGCGCAUGCGGCCCUCACGGCCCAGCGUAGCCUCUGGCAGCGCCGUAUCGCCACGUCGCUAUGGCAGCGGCCGAGACCGCCGCUCCUCAGAUUCGGUGGCGGACUCCUCACGAGGUGUGGAUAGAUGGCUGCGUGACGGCGACGACUCCAUUCCCAGCCAUUUUGAGCCAUCGGUAAUGUCGCUUGACGGUGCCGCCAGCCUGUCGCCAAGCCUGCUGGGCUCCGCCGGCUCCCGCGGCCGCGGCGGCGCCGGUGCUGCCGGCGGCGGCGGCGGCGGCGGCUCAAGGCCUCCGUCAGCCUCCGGCGCUGCCCCAGUGGAGAGCUUGCUGGGCGUUAGGGAGUCUCAACGGCUGAGCCUGGCGCGGGGUACCGGCAGCGGGCGUGGUGACGGCGGCGGCAGCGUGGCUGGCGGCAGCCGGCGUGGCGGCGGCGGGCGUUACAGCGGCGGGAGCCGCGGCGGCGGUAGCAGAGCUGGCGGCGGCGGCGGGGCUGGCGACGUGGACUCUGACGAGGAGCUCCUAGAUGUGCUUGUGGACAAGAUUGUGAUUUCGGGGAAACCUUGUGGCUUCCGUGGGGUUGACGGCGGAGGCGGAGGCGGCGGCGGAGGCGGCUCGACCCUUCGGCGGCUGAAAGAUCCUGCGCAUGCGGGGGCACCCGGCAAGACAGCCAGCUUCCGGUUUGCCGCGCCUAUUGUACGACCGCCGCAGCCGCUGCCGCCGAUGCUGAAGGCCCCUGCCGUCGUCGCGGCGGCGGGAGACGCUGUGGCGGACCAUGCCUCGCCGUCACCGUCACCGCCAGCGUCGCCGUCACCGUUCCGUGUGGCAGCCGGGCAUCCACAAAGCUCUACAGACAACCCUGACGGGGCGAUGGCGGCGGUGACGACGCAGACGGCCGUACCCGCAUUCCGCUCAGGCAGCGGUCGCGGCGGUGGCGGCGGCGGCGGCGAUGAUGAUGUUGAUGAUGACAUGCCGGUGCCGCCGCUGGCCGACCCCGUACUGCCUGAGCUGGAACGCACUCGGGAGCGAUCCCGAGACAGACCCGUGGGUCAUUUGCCUCCAGGCACAGCCACUGGCGAUGCCGCAGCCGCGUCAGGAGCCCCGAGCGCUGCGCCUGGGGUCCCCAGCACGCAGUCGCUGGCGGCGGCGGUGGCGGCGGUGGCGGCGGCGGCGGCGGUGGCGGCUCAUCCUGCGCCAUUGUCCACUCAGAAUCUGCAGCACCACACGCGGCAUUGGGAGGCGGCGUCUCCGGCGGCGUCUGACCUCGCCGCGCUGGCAGCGCAGUUGCCUAGUCCCUCGCCAAGCCAAUCCGGGCCGAUAGAUCCGCUGAAUGACGGCGACGCCACGCCGUCGCCCGCGCUGCUUGCCGUACUGAACACCGCUGCCGCUGCCACCGCCGUCGGCGUCGCCCCUGGCGCCAAGGUCAGCGGAAGCGGUUCCUCUCAGUCGUCCUUGAAUGCGCCGCAAGCUGGAGCCGCCGCCGCUGCCGCUGCCGGCGGUGGCGGCGCUGGGCCCGCCGGUAGCCCUGUUCCUCGCUCGGUCCUCGCCGCGCGGCUCUCCAUGCCGCUUUUGCCGUACAAUAACGCCGACGCGACGUCGUCCCUUGUCGCCGCCGCCGCCGUCAUGGCUGGCCGCAACUCAACCACGUCAGCGCUAAGUCGCCAGACGAGUAACAACACGGUCGGGGGCCUCAGCAUGUGCGACAGUACGGGCAGCCAAACGGAGGCGGGCGCGACGGCGGCAGGGCUGCUGAUGCAGUCCGGCGACGACCUGAUUUCCGCCGCCUCCGCCACCGCCAGCACUGCCGCGGCGGUGGCGGCGGCGCACGCCCUGGAGCGUCAACGCUCCAGUGCCGUCUCCAGGAGCCCUUCCGUACUCGUCGGCGGCUCCAAUGCCGGCCGCAGCGUCGUACUGAGGUUGAACAGCGGCGGCGGUGCGGUCAGCGGCGGCGGCGGCGGCGGGCCUUUCAGCGGCGGCAGCGGCGCGCUCGGCGUGCGGCAGGCAUUUGCGCCGUCCACUGUACGGCAGCCCUCGAAGCUGUCAGGGCCUGCGGCGCUGACCGGCGGUGAUGGUGUUGAGCAGGCGGUCGAGGAGGCGGUGUUGGCGAACCGGCGGAUGCAGGACGAUCGGGGUGUACUGCUGGAAGAGGUCAACAUCGACAACGUGUUGGGCUUCGGCAGCAUGGGCAUGGUGUACUACGGUCGACUGUACGACACAAAGGUGGUGGUGAAGCUGAUCGAGCACGGCACCGGUCUGCUGGGCAAGGAGAAGGAACGAGGACGGCUGGCAAGAGUGGAGGCGUGUGUGUCCCGCAUGCUGCUUCACCCUAACAUCGUACUCACGUACGACGCCUGUACGGGCAACCUUAAACCGGGGCGGCUUGCAGCGAAGCUGGGCCGAGGUGGCGGUGGCGGCGGCGGCGGUGGUGGUGGUGCUCGUGGAGCCCGUCAGCGGUUCAUGACGGUGAUGGUUCAGGAGUUUUGUGAGCUGGGAACGUUGAAGGACGCCUUGAGCCGCAGGAAACACGGACUGGCGACCUGGGGCGGCUCCCCGCCCUCCCUGGAGUCCCUCCCCCUCCUGUACCGCGUAGCCCUCGAUAUCGCCAACGGAAUGAAACACCUGGCGGCGCUCAGAAUCGUACAUGCAGACCUUAAGGCUGAGAACGUGUUGCUUCAAAAGGUGGAUGUCAGCUCGGACCGCCCCCACGGGUUUUGUGCGAAGGUGGCGGACUUUGGACUGGCCAUGGUCCUGACGCCGGGGGAGGACCAAGUACGGCAGGGAAUACACGGCACGGUGUCACACAUGCCACCCGAGUCCUCUGCACAACUUGAGGCCAUGAAGGACACGGUGUUUAGUUUGGCCACCGACGUGUUCAGUUUCGGAGUGGUGCUGUGGGAGCUAUACACAGCGGAGAGUCCGUACCGGGGUAUGGCCCCCCACGAGGUUGUCGAGGCGGUGUGUGUGCGGGGCGAGCGGCCCCCCUGGCCCCCGGAGAGCCCCACUGAGCUGGUGGCGCUCGCGGAGGACUGUUGGCAGCUGGCCGCACGGGAAACGACGGCCGGCACGCAACAGCGCUUGUUUGGCGCUCCAACUAGACGGGAUCUAUGCCCGUUGGUCUCCUAACAUAAACGAAGUCGCAACUGGGGGGCUCUUCCUGCCGACCGAACGAACCGAGCAUCUCAGAGAGCUCGCUACCAGGACUUGGGCGACCGGGAGCCCGACGAGUCUUCCCGGGCUGGGGAGGUCACCAAGCUCAAAAAUCCUCACGCAAAAAAGAGCGCAAAGAGCUCACACCACAAGACGCCAAACAGCCUCCUGAGACUACUACCCUCCUCCGCCUCUCCCUCCCUGGGCUAGUCCAGGGGAGAUAGCCCCCGUCGAGGGGGUA